ACAUGCACCCCACCUGGCAGCAAAUAGCAAAGGACAGCUCAGCCAGCAAACAAAAAUAAACUACCCUCGGAUGUAUCACAACUAAUGCAAUCUCAGUUAAGGAACAUCUAGAUCUUGCCGCGGGAUAGCUUUGGAAAUCCACUGUUAAACAUCACCACAGGGUUUUUCCACUUUGAACAGACAACUAGAUCAAGAAUUCAUGGAGGCUGAGGUAGACCUUUCUGCUCAGGGACAGCACGCCUCAUUUCUGCUGAAGCAGCUGGACAGAAUGAGAGCGGUCACGGAGCUCACUGACGUGGUGCUGCUGGCAGAGGGGGUUCCCUUUCCCUGCCACAAGGUGGUGCUGUCUGCUUUCAGUCCCUACUUCCAGGCCAUGUUUACAUGUGGUCUAAAAGAGACCUGGGGAGGAGAGGUGCCUCUCAGAGACACUCCUGCUCAGAGCCUUGAGCUGUUGCUGAACUACAUGUAUCGUGCUGAACUCCCCCUCUCCAACAGCAACAUCCAGGCAGUGGCUGCUACAGCCUUUCUGCUCAACGUAGAUGGAGCAUUCAGGUUGUGUCAGAGGCACAUGGAGGCAGCGUUGGACCCGUCCAACUGUAUUGGUCUGUACCACUGGGCCAGAGACCUUGGGGCUACUGAUCUGGCUGACUGUGCCAUGAGGUACCUCUGUCAACAUUUUACGAAGGUUUGUGAGGAAGAAGAAGUGCUGGAGUUGGAUGCUCAGAGUCUUGGGGACCUGCUGGGUUCAGAUGAUCUCAACAUAUCUCGAGAGGAGGUUGUUCUGGAACUGGUGCUGCGCUGGUUGGAGAGGCGCAGGGGUGACUCGCAGAGUGAAGCGCAGGCUCUGGAGUUACUCAAGCAUGUGCGGUUGGAACUUGUAGACCCUGGAUUUCUUCGAAAAACGAGGAGGAGGAACCCGGUGCUGCUACGGGAUGCAGAAUGUUUUGGGAGGAUUGAUGCUGCUCUCCAGACCUCAGGUCUCUCAGAGGCUUCAGCUCCACCUCGGCCACCUCUUCGGUAUGGCAUGGAGACAACUGACUUGCUGCUCUGCUUGGGUGGAGUGGAUGAGGAAGGAGUGCCCGUCCGACGUGGCGGACUUGCUGACCUCAGCUUUUGCUUUGCCCCACGUGUUAGAAAGGCAUUUUACAUCCCAUCUCCACUGAGAGGCUGUAGAGGUAUGGGGCAGGUCACCGCAGGAGCAGUGACCCGAGACAACAAUGUAGUGGUGGCUAUAGAAGCAGAAGAUCAACACAGGAUGAAAAGAGUUGAUAUCUACAGGUAUUGCAGUUCAGAGAAGAACAACUGGGUGGAAGUGUGCUCAGCACCCUACAGGGACAUGUACGCCUUAGGACUUGUAGGGGACUCCCUUUAUCUGAUAGGUGGUCAGAUGAAAGUACAUAAUCACUAUGUGGUCACUAAAAGCGUGGAGAGAUGGUCCCUGAAGAGAGGAGACAGUUGGCUCAGCUUUGCUCCUCUGCCACUUCCCUUAGCCUGCCACUCUGUUGUGAGCCUAAAGGAGCAUCUCUAUGUGCUAGGAGGUUGGACCCCACAGGAUCAGCCAGAUGAUGAACCUGACAAGCUGAGCAACCGAGUCUUUCGGUUCGAUCCCAGCAAAGACAGGUGGACAGAGUGUGAAAAGAUGAAAUACUCCAGGUAUCGCUGUGGCACAUCAGUCCUCAAUGGGGAAAUCUACAUAACAGGGGGUAUAGGAUGUGAUGGAGAUGACCGAGGACAAUCACGUCGCUGUUUGAGCUCAGUGGAGAUCUACAACCCAGAUACAGAUACCUGGAGGUCUGGACCAACACUCCCCACAUCCCUGCUCUCUCUUCGAACCAACACCUCCAACACAGGAGUGGUAGAUGGAAAAGUCUACAUCUGUGGAUACUACAAAGGGGCCAGCCGUCAUGAGAUCAUUACCAAGGAGAUUUUGGAACUGGACCCUGAAGACAAUGUGUGGACAGUGGUGGAGAAACGAGCAGCCAUGCACGACUCCUAUGACGUCUGUCUGGUCGCUAAUCUCAAUCCUCGAGAUCUCUUCAGGCCCUAAUGGCCCUCUUCGUGACGCUGAGCAACAAUGAUGGGGCCUGAUAUGUGUGGGAAGUUACAUUUUACCCUUUCAGUCUUACAAAAUUUGACCAGAAACAAGAUAAAAUAUGAGAGUGAACUCUACUUUGGUGCAGUUUGUUGCAAUACAAAACACCAGUUUAUUUUAUCUAAGGGAGCUAUAAAAGAUAAAUAAACAGUCCAUUUUUGUUUUACCACAAAAAAACCUAGUUCAUGAGAACAUUUUCAUUUAGGUUCAUGUUUGAUUACAUUUCGGCUGCUUAAUCUAUUUAAAGCCACUUUACAUAGUACUACCAGUUUUGACCACACGAGGGCAUAUAGAAAGGAACCACUAAUGAGUGAGGCCAGUCAGAUGCAGCUGCAUCUCCCACGUCCCAUUUGGUCCCACACAGGAUCCCACGGUAGAGAACUUCUUAGCAUCUUACACGAAGGGUUGAUACAUGAACUUCCUUGUAAUAUGCUGCUCCCUCAUGGAUAAAUGUGGUACUGCUACAUAGUGCCUUAAAACCGUCUCACAUUUGGUUGUGUAUAUAGAAACAUAUGGGAACCACACAUUAGUUGUUAAUCAGAAAAACAAUGUAAAGUUUAGCCUGUGCUAUUCAAUUUCAGUUCAUGAACUGCAUUUUUUUAAGUGUUUACUUUAUUAAAGUUCUUUAAUAGUA